GUUACGGCCAUGCAGCCCCCAGCACGGAUGGGGGGAAGGUCUUCUGCAUGGUCUACGCCCUGCUGGGGAUCCCCCUCACUCUCGUCAUGUUCCAGAGCUUGGGCGAGAGGAUCAACACCUUCGUCAAGUACCUCCUCCACCGCAUCAAGAAGUGCCUUGGCAUGAGGCGGGCGGAGGUCUCCAUGGCCAACAUGGUCACCAUUGGGUUCUUCUCCUGCAUCAGCACCCUCUGUAUCGGGGCAGCUGCCUUCUCCUACUAUGAGCACUGGAGCUUCUUCCACGCCUACUACUACUGCUUCAUCACCCUCACCACCAUCGGCUUCGGGGACUACGUGGCCCUGCAGAAGGACGAAGCCCUCCAGAACAAGCCCCAGUACGUGGCCUUCAGCUUCGUCUACAUCCUGACGGGGUUGACGGUCAUCGGGGCUUUCCUCAACCUGGUGGUCCUGCGUUUCAUGACCAUGAACGCUGAGGAUGAGAAGCGGGACGCCGAGCAUCGUGCACUGCUCACCCGUAACGGCCAAGCCAGCAGCGUCCAUGCCACAGACACAGCCUCGGCCGCGGCACCAGCGGCGGCGGGGGGCGGCGGCGGUGGCUUUCGGAACGUCUACGCCGAGGUUCUCCACUUCCAGUCCAUGUGCUCGUGCCUGUGGUACAAGAGCCGGGAGAAGCUGCAGUACUCCAUCCCCAUGAUUAUCCCCAGGGACCUCUCCACCUCGGACACCUGCGUGGAGCAGAGUCCCUCCUCGCCCGGCCGCUGCCCGCAGACC